CAACUAUGAGAUAUAUAAAAAGUAAACCAUUCAAAUAAUGGGUAAUGGCCUACUUUAGAUAUAGAUCCAUGGGUUCUGCCUAAAAUACCGACCCAAUAAGUGGAAUAUCAGGACUCUUUUUUUUUUUUUUUUUUUUUAAAGUUGGGCCGGGUUUUCCACGAGGACAUUAAUGUAAAAAAUCAAUCAACAAUUCAAAUCAGGGAAGCAGCGCCAUUGUUAUUCAAACGCUACUCAUUUCCAUUUCUAAUCCGUCCAUUGAGUUUCAAUCGAUAGUCUGCAUUCUCAACUGUGUGCUAUUUUCCUACUCGCCUCACUCCUAAACCGCAACGAAAAUGGUUGAACAAAGCUAGAAAUGGUUGUCGUCAAGGGAAAAUCAAACGCAGUUGCCAAUCUUCUCGCGCAAGACCGUAAACCGAGCAAGAAUAAAAUCGAGAAAACUGAAGUAGGAGGACGCAUUUCUCUCAGCACUGAUUCUAAGAAAUCUGCUAUGCUUAAUAGUACUGCCAUGCAAAGCAGAGCUACUUCUUUGAAGAGGUACAUGGAGAAAAAUAAAAGCAAGCAUGGUAGUGCAGUUAAAGUAAAAGUUGGAAGAAAAGUUUUGUCUGAUAUUAGCAACACCAAGAGUAGCUCUUCUGUUAAGGUGAAAGUUGGAAGAAAAGUUUUGGCUGAUAUUAGUAAUACCAGGGGCAGCUUUUCCAGAACUGAAUUGCAUGAAGGAUCCAAACAAGGGAAGGAUAAUGGCAAGAAACUUUCUUACCUACAGCGGAGUUCUGUUUGUACUGGGACUUCAGCUACAAAUAUGUCAUUAAGAAAACCAUUGAAGAAGGCAAAGAUGAGGGUGAGCCUAGCUGAAGCUAGUGGGGACCAUCAUAUAUUGAUGAAAGCAGUUAGCAAGGAAUUGAAGGCUGCUGGUGAUGAUCCACGAGCCAAGGCCCGAGGCAGUGUAGUGGCUACCAUUGGAAACAGGACAUCUGAAAAAAAUCUUCUCCUGCCAUCAAGGAAGUCUCUACCAGUAUUAAAGCAAGCAAAUGUUGUUGAUACAAUUAAUACAAAGAAGGAAAAUGCCAAAUGUUCAGAGAAAGGGAUAGGAAAACAAGGGUUUUCAGUUUCAGCAAAGCCCAAGAUUGGGCGAAAGAUAUUAUCUCAGGAAAAUGCCAAAUGUUCAGAAAAUGGGAUAGGAAAACAAAGGUUUCCAGUUUCAGCAAAGCCCAAGGCUGGACGAAAUGUAUUACCUCAACCAGUUCUAAAGACCACAGUCCUGAUGGCCUCAAGACAAAAAAGAAUGCAUUGUCCAAGCAGCUCAAAAUUUCAAUCUGUCAUUUCAUCCCAGAAAAAAGAAGAGCAUGUUACAUCUUCUCCUUCUAAAUACGUUGCUCCAAAAUUUUCUAAGCAACCUUCAGAAGAGGUUCCUUCUAAGAACAACCAUGACUUGGUCACAUCUGAAUCAAAUAUCUUAACUAGAAGAGCGUCUGUGCGCAGAAAAUCUUUCACUUCUCUGUUGAUGACAAGACCAAAGCAAUUAAAAGAGCAAACUGGGCAUACAAAGCAAGAGUUUUUGCCAAAUAUCUACGAUAACUCUAACCAUCUUGAUGUUUCUGAAUAUGUUGAUGAUAUCUAUCAAUAUUACUGGGUUAUGGAGGCUCAGAGUCAUCCUUUGAAAAGCUACAUGGAGUUUCAAACAGAAAUUACACCUCAGAUGCGUGGCAUAUUAAUAAACUGGCUUAUUGAAGUCCAUCUAAAAUUUGACUUGAUGCAAGAAACUCUAUUUCUCAUGGUUACCAUAUUAGACCAGUAUUUGUCCCGAGUAUGCAUCAAGAAAAAUGAAAUGCAGCUAGUUGGCCUUACUGCACUCUUAUUGGCAUCAAAGUAUGAGGAUUUUUGGCAUCCAAGGAUCAUGGACUUGAUCAGUGUAUCAGCAGAGUCAUACACCAGAGAACAAAUGCUGGGAAUGGAGAAGGCUAUUUUAAAGAAAUUAUUGUUUCGUCUAAAUGUACCAACUCCAUAUGUCUUCAUGCUAAGGUUGCUUAAGGCCUCUCAAGCAAAUAAAAAGUUGGAACAUCUUGCAUUUUUCCUAGUUGAGUUGUGCUUGGUUGAAUUUGAAGCUUUGAACUACAAGCCCUCUUUGCUAUGUGCAUCGGCUAUCUAUGUUGCACGGUGUACAUUGCAAAUGACUCCGGCAUGGACACCUCUUCUGGAGAGGCAUGCAUGCUAUAAAGAAUUUCAACUCAGGAACUGUGCAGAGAUGAUCUUAAGAUUCCAUAAGGCUGCUAGAACAACACUACUAAAAGUCACAUGUGAGAAAUAUAUGAGAUUUGAAUACAGCAAAGUUGCAGCUAUAAAACCUUUAGAAGCAUUUUCUCAAUGAUUUGCCUCUAAGCAUUGUGAUUUUAUCAUAGAAAACGGGACAGAAGGAGAUUUCUUUGAAAACUUGUAGGAAUGUAGAGUAUCCACUAAUCUGGUUGUUUGGCACAGAAGGGUUGUGAUAUAUGUAGUCAUUUUGGAAAAGAAAAUCAAUAUUAUUGUUUCCUAAAAGUUUCUAUGGUUCUGGAUCAUAUUCUGUACCACAUUUGCUAAUGGACCAAGAUUUUUCUAAUAUGUGGAUCUUAUCA